AUGGACAAGUAUCGCAAGGUCGAGAAGCCCAAGAGCACAGAGGAAAUCGCCGAGGACGAGAUCCGCGUCACUACCGCUGGGAGUGUCUCCGCGUACGUCUCCCGCGUGAACAAGGUUUUCACUGAGCUGGAGAAGACUAAGGUCACGAUCAAGGGAACGGGCGGGGCGCUGACCAAGGCCGUGAUGUUAGCGGAGGUGGUCAAGCGCCGCUUCAAGGGCCUGCAUCAAAUUACAAGCCUGAGCAGCCUCGAAGUCGUGGAUGAGUACGAGCCCAUUGAAGAGGGUUUGGACAAUGUUACUGACACGCGUACCCUCACCGUCAUCGACAUCACGCUCUCGAAGGAGCCCCUGGAUACUUCUGACAAGGGGUACCAGCCGCCCAUCGACGAGGCGCUGGUGACGGACUACGACCCAGAAUUGGCCAAGGCUCGGGGUCGCGGCAAGGGAAAGAGCAAGGGCAAGGGCAAGGAGAAGGGCAAGGGCAAGGAGAAGAGCUCUUCGAAGGGCAAAGACAAGGGCAAGGAGGCCAAGGGAAAGGGGAAGGGCAAAGGCAAGGACGACCCGGAGCCGAAGGGCAAGGGCAAGGGCAAGGACAAAGGGAAGGACACGGGCAAGGGCAAGAGCAAGGGCAAGGACGCCCCAGAGCCGAAGGGCAAGGGAAAGGGCAAGGACAAAGAUUCGAAGGGCAAGGGGAAGAGCAAGUCCUCGAAGAGCGACUCCUGGGACUACCCCCCGCCGUCGAAGGGAAAGACGUCCAGCAAAGGUAACGGCAAGUCCUACGACUCGUACGGCGGCUACGAUAGCUACUCGUAUGGCAAGGGGAAGUCCAAAGGCUACGACAGCUACUCGUACGACAAGGGGAAGUCCAAAGGCUACGACAGCUACUCGCACGGCAAGUCGAAGUCAAAAGGCUACGACAGCUACGGAGGCUACGACUCGUACGGCUACGGCAAGAGCAGCGGCAAGAGCAAGGGCUACGGCAAGAGCUACGGCAAGUACUGA